AUGGCCGUAGAAUAUUCUGCACCGCAGGCUUACUACAUCGUCAAAGCCAGAUGCUCCAAAAAAUCGAAAAGAAGAAAAGAUGCCAAGAAAAUAAACGAGACAAUAAUCGAAGAAGAUCCAAGCAAUAAGAACCGCCCAUUAUUCGCAUUACAAGUCGACGAGAGAAGUAGAGUUUUUGUUAUGGACAUGGUCCCAAAAGUUGCAGAAUUUCUGGAAGUUGGCACAGUGGAUCUCAUUACCGAAGAAGUGAAGACAUACCUGACAAGACUGCAUGGUGGUCCAGAGAUUGGGAUUAACAUUCGGCUGAAAUACAACAAGAAUCUGGAUUGCCCAGUGCUGGAGUCAAGUUUUGCCAUUUUGGAUCACAACGAACGCAAUGCCAGCUUCACGAGUAUCCUAAUCUAUGCCCUUACAGGAAAUCUUCAAGACAUUCUUCAGGUUCUCCUUCGAGCGGAAAUUCCCAACGUCGAGCUUCAGUUUGUAGACGAUAAAUACAUCGCGGAAGUGAAAGAAUUUCUAUCCAACAGUCCCCAUCUUCGCAAACUCUGCAUCGGUAAUCAUUAUUUGAAGAAGGACCAACACUUGGUCCAUGAUAUUAUGAAGUCUUCCAAGUCGCUAUCCACUCUGCAUUUCAGCAGAAAAAAUAUGAGUUGGAGUCAACGAAAUCAAGUUUGCAACACAAGUCUCAAUGACUAUAUGCGUUACAUCUUCGAAAUCAAGUCGCUGGAAAGGCUUGACUUGAUUCAAAUCACAGGUCUCUUCACAGACCAUGUCGAAAGUUUAGCAGAAGGUUAA